AUUUGGUGUUGGUGGGUAAAUCCAAAAUGAAAAUCUAAUGUUGACAAGAAAUGAAUUAAUCCCAAUUAAAACAAAAUAUUCCCUUUUAAUUUUUUAAUUAAAAAUUUAUCGCUAUUAUUUUAUAGUCUCUAUUUAUUUGAUUUCCCCAGACUCAAAAUCUACGCAUUUCUCUUCUCCUCUCCUGACAUGGGAGUGAUUUAUUAUUAACGUCCUUAUGCUACUCUCCCUCUGUCCUCUUUCAAAAAGACCAAUAACUUUCUCUCUCUAGGGUUGCGAAGUGAAACUUUCUGAGAACACCCAAACCUAAUUGUCGGGAUCGUGCAACUUACAGAGCAAGGUUAUUCUGUUCAUCGGAGUCACGAGAGGCUUCAAUUUCUUUUUUCCUAGAAAAAAAAAUACAGAGGAAAUCAGUUUAUUUUAGCAGCUUUCAACGGCGUAGUGGAUCGUUAUAUUACUGUAAUUUCGUCGUCGAUUUCAUGUUUCUGGUGACUGGUUAUAAGUUCAUGGUGUUUGGUAGAUGCUGAAUGAUUGCUAGUAUGGACUUAAAUGCUUCCCCUUUACCUGAAGAUGAUGAGGAUACGUAUGAAAGACAUCUAGAACAUUACCCCCCACCAGAAGAACAUGUAGAAUCUGCAGUUGAAAUUUCCCGGCGGGAACGUGAAGAGAGACGGAAGAGAUUGAAAAAGGACCAACCAGAUGACCGGCCAGUGCAUGUCUCUCAGCCUGCUGUACAUGAUCACUUUUAUCAAAAUAGGAAUCCGACGUUUUAUGAUAAAAGCAGGAUCCCUCCUGGUUGGCUGGAUUGUCCUGCGGUUGGUCAGGAAAUAGGCUGCAUCAUUCCUUCUAAGGUUCCACUUGGUGAAUCUUAUAAUGACUCUGUUCCUCCUGGUAAAAGAUACUCUUUUAAACAAGUGAUUCGUCAACAAAGAGUUUUAGGAAGAAAGCUUGGUUUGGUGAUUGAUUUGACAAACACAUCUCGUUACUAUCAAACUGCAGACCUGACGAAAGAAGGCAUUAAGCAUGUAAAGAUCCAAUGCAGGGGACGGGAUGCUGUACCUGAGAAUGUGUCUGUAAAUACCUUUGCUUAUGAGGUGUCACAAUUCCUUCUACGUCAGAAAUCAAAGAAAUAUAUUCUUGUCCAUUGUACGCAUGGACAUAACCGCACCGGAUACAUGAUUAUUCACUAUCUCAUGCGAUCACAAUCAAUGUCUGUUACUCAGGCAAUAAAAAUUUUUUCUGAGGCACGUCCUCCAGGAAUCUACAAACCAGACUAUAUUGAUGCCUUGUAUGCAUUUUAUCAUGAAAGAAGGCCUGAAAUGGUUGUAUGCCCUCCCACUCCUGAGUGGAAGAGAUCUUCUGAUCUUGAUCUCAAUGGUGAAGCAGCCGCAGAUGAUGAUGAUGAUGGAGGUCCAACUGCAUUACCUGAGAAUCAUGAAACGGAUGUAGUGUUGACAAAUGAUGACGUUUUGGGAGAUGAAAUACCUCAUGACCAGCUGGAAUCACUGCGCCUAUUCUGCUACCAAACAUUGAAGUUAAAUGUCGGGGUUAGAGGACAUGUGCAAUUUCCAGGAUCACAUCCAGUUUCACUCAACAGGGACAAUUUGCAACUUUUAAGGCAGCGUUAUUAUUAUGCCACUUGGAAAGCGGAUGGAACACGAUAUAUGAUGUUAAUAACUAUUGAUGGAUGUUAUUUAAUUGAUAGGAGUUUUAAUUUCCGAAGGGUUCAGAUGAGGUUUCCAUGCAGGCACCCAACUGAAGGUAUAGGUGACAAAACUCAUCAUUUCACAUUGCUUGAUGGGGAAAUGAUAAUUGAUACCAUGCCAGACUCACAGAAGAAAGAGAGAAGAUAUCUCAUCUAUGAUAUGAUGGCAAUUAAUCAUGUGCCUGUCAUAGAGCGGCCUUUCUAUGAACGAUGGAAAAUGCUGGAAAAAGAAGUGAUUGAGCCUCGGAAUUAUGAGCGCCAGAACAUUUACCAGAGCAGGAAUCCUUAUUACCGAUAUGACCUUGAACCCUUCAGGGUGCGGAGGAAGGAUUUUUGGUUGCUCUCUACUGUAAAUAAGGUUUUGAAGGAAUUUAUCCCCAAGCUCUCUCACGAGGCAGAUGGUCUUAUUUUUCAGGGUUGGGAUGAUCCUUAUGUACCUCGCACUCAUGAAGGUCUUCUGAAGUGGAAAUAUGCUCAGCUGAACUCUGUUGACUUUCUGUUUGAGAUUGGCAGUGAUGAUCAUGAACAACUUUUUCUCUAUGAACGGGGGAGAAAGAAGUUGAUGGAAGAGAAUAAAGUUGAAUUCAGAGAUGUUUCAGAUCCUCUUUGUUCAUUAUCUGGGAAGAUUAUUGAGUGUUCUUGGGAUCUUAAUCGACAGGUGUGGAUCUAUAUGCGGAUCAGGAAAGAUAAGUCGACUCCCAAUGAUUUCAAUACUUUCAAGAAGGUUAUGCGAAGUAUAAGGGAUAAUAUCACAGAGGAAAUCUUAUUAAAUGAGAUUAACGAGGUUAUUCGCUUGCCCAUGUAUGCUGAUCGAAUCAGGAUUGACAGCAAGGCCCACCUGCAGCAUACAAAUUCAGCACGACGGAGGUGAUGGAUAGCAUGCUGGUCGUUGUGCAGUUGAUUGAGGUGUUGAAUGGUUUGGUUGGUGUGCCUUUCAAUGCCUGUGUGUUAAGUGCUUCCAGGUUUCUUUUGGUAGAAGUUAGGUGCAUACUUGGGCUGUUGAGGACAUCAUGUAAAGGGUAAUUAGGCAUCCCCCCUUUAGUCAGUCUUGUGUUGUGUGCUAAUGCUGGUGAGUUGUAUGAUCCAGGGGGCUGUAACGUUCAGGUCUGAGACUAUUUUUCUUAUAGUUGUUCAGAUCAAGAGGAUUAGCAUUAGGAUAACCAUGUAUAUUAGGUUAAUUUUUUUUUUUUUUUAAUUUUCUCCCAUAUUUAGUGAUCUCUUAAGUUCUUUUAAAAGUAGCCAUUUUCCAGAACGAAAACAAGAGUUUCAUUUUCGGUCUCUGUGAAUAUUUGAUAGGAAAAGGGGUAAGACUCGGUAUUUGCUCAUAAUAUUAACUUUUCAUUUUGUUUUCUAUUGUCUCCCCUUUCUAAGUCGAAAGAGAUUUGCAGCUCUUCCAACAGCACCUCAGCGUUUUCUCUCAGCUCGUAGACUUGUUGACUUUGUUUUGACUUUGUUUUGCCGCUGUUUAGGCAAUCUGUAUGUACGAAGCUUAGGUUAUGUUUUGUAAUUACAUAAGAAAAUUUUUUUUUUUUUUAUAAUUAUUGUGCUUCAACAUUUUGUCGUGUUUUUCUUGGUCGGUGGAAAAUGCAAUGCAGGAUUAUAAAACGAGUUACCCUCUA